UACGCGAAGAAACCAUCUCAGACUCCGACUCCGACUCCAAGUGGAACUCAUCAUGUCUUCGUCUUCUUCUAUUCCUCAAUUUCCCAUCCUUCAUCUUCAUCUCUAUAUCUAUAAAUCGUUCUUCGAUUCAUAUCUGCUUCAGAAUAAUAUUUUCGAAGGUUUCUGCUAUCUGCUCUCACACCGGAGACAUAAGUCCAUAUCUCUGUAGAAAUUGAAGCCUUAAGAUGGAUUCUUUUUUUUGUUGCUUUCAUGACGAGGAUCCUGCAGAAACUGCUAAUGUAUCCAGACAGGAAAACUGCACUUGUCCUCUGUGCUUCACUCGUAACUCAUUCAGCAAGUUUGCGGCAUUUUUCAGAGGUGGGCAAAUGCAUGCUCUGCAUUCAUCCUCCCAGCAGGCAGCUUCCUCAACUCCAAAUGGGGCACCUGCAUUUACAGAACCUGCGACUAUUUUAUCUCCUCCUGGAACUUUGGCAUCAAAUACCGAUUUUCGAUCCUCCAAUUUGCAACUGGAUGGGCAGGUCAAAGGACUAAACGAAGGUAAAGGUGAUUUGAGCAUUCAUUCAGAGCUCAGUUCUAGUACUCACACUGGAGAAGAACUUUCAACAGAUUCCUCGCUGAAGUUCUCAUUGGAAAAUAGGAAAGCUGGGGACCUCUAUGACCGUGCAUUACCAGAAGAUCAUGAAGAUAUCUGCCCUAUAUGUCUUGAAGAAUACACACCUGAGAAUCCUAAGAUUUUAACCCAAUGUUCUCAUCCUUACCACCUUAGUUGUAUAUAUGAAUGGAUGGAGAGAAGUGAGACCUGUCCCGUAUGUUGCCAGGUGUUGAUACUCGAUGCAACAAAUUAAUCUCAACUUUCUCAUGGCAUGUAAAGAGUAGAAAAUUGAAGAUGAUGAAGAUACAAUUGCAGAAGCAGAUGAGGUCGAGCGGAAACAUGAUCCUGAUAAGUUCUCAUAGUUCACCAAAUGUACGCGAAAGAGACUAAAAUCCAGAUUCUGUUAAUACAUGCAUGCUGAAUGACCUCCCUCUCUAUGUCACAUUAUAUCAAUUUAUUAGUUCUGGUUUAAUGGAUUAUAGAUGAAUGAUACCAUUACCAGCAUAUUUGAUUUUUCUCUUUUUUCAAAUGUCCUUUUGGCCUUCCUGAAUCCUGAUGUAUUUAUCAUACAUACAUGAGUACAUUAGGUUUGUAUAUUUGACACGACCAUCUUUAGAAAUGAAAAUUUAUAUAAAUUCUGUGCUAGGAUGAAAAUCAUGAAAUUGAUGUAAGUUUUAUCCGAGGAUGAAAAUUAGGAGAAAGAUGAACAUGCAAAAGUUUCAAGUAUGAGAUUUUGUCUA